CUGGGUUUCUCUGGCUUAGGCUCCACUCCCACUGCCAGACCCGACCUCACAGCAGACCCAGUCUGCCCUUUGGCCUGUCUUGGUCUCUGACCUCCUGGAUAGAGAGGUGAUUGUUUCAGGGCUGUCUUGUCCUUCCUUGGGGCCUCCCUGUUCCUUACCACACAUCUCCCGUACUCGGUAGGAAAUGGAAUCAAAAGUCUCGGAAGGUGGCCUGAAUGUUACUCUCACCAUCCGGCUACUCAUGCAUGGAAAGGAAGUUGGAAGCAUCAUUGGGAAGAAAGGAGAGACCGUGAAAAAGAUGCGGGAGGAGAGUGGAGCAAGAAUCAACAUCUCCGAGGGAAACUGUCCGGAAAGAAUUGUGACCAUCACAGGCCCCACGGAUGCCAUCUUCAAGGCUUUUGCCAUGAUUGCUUACAAAUUUGAGGAGGACAUAAUCAACUCAAUGAGUAACAGCACUGCUACCAGUAAACCACCAGUAACGUUGAGGUUGGUCGUGCCUGCUAGCCAGUGUGGGUCACUGAUUGGCAAAGGAGGCUCCAAGAUUAAGGAAAUCAGGGAGUCAACAGGUGCUCAGGUUCAAGUGGCGGGGGACAUGCUGCCCAACUCCACAGAGCGGGCAGUGACAAUUUCGGGGACCCCCGAUGCAAUUAUCCAGUGUGUCAAACAGAUCUGUGUGGUGAUGCUGGAGGCCUAUACAAUUCAGGGACAAUAUGCAAUUCCACACCCGGAUUUGACCAAGCUCCACCAGUUGGCUAUGCAGCAAACCCCCUUUACUCCCCUUGGACAGACCACCCCCGCUUUCCCUGGAGAAAAGCUGCCCUUACAUUCCUCCGAAGAAGCUCAAAAUCUGAUGGGCCAAUCAUCAGGUUUGGAUGCCAGUCCCCCGGCCAGUACUCAUGAACUCACCAUUCCCAAUGAUCUAAUAGGCUGCAUAAUCGGACGCCAAGGGACCAAAAUCAAUGAAAUUCGACAGAUGUCUGGAGCACAGAUCAAAAUCGCCAAUGCCACAGAAGGCUCAUCGGAACGUCAAAUUACCAUCACAGGAACCCCAGCUAACAUCAGCCUUGCCCAGUACCUCAUCAACGCCAGGCUGACGUCUGAGGUCACUGGAAUGGGCGCACUCUAAUUUCUACCCAUCCUCCUUCAUUCUGCAUCACCUGACCCUCUCCAGCCAAUGACACUUCACCCGGCUUGUACAAUCUGUAUUUUUACCGCCUUCCCUUUACCUCCAUAGAUACUUUUUCUUUACUAACGCACACACACACACACACACACACACUUUCUUUAUAUAUUCCAUACUGUGCUCCUGAUAUUGCUCCUGAACGCUUUAUUUAUGGUCCCGGCCUGUCCAUGUUUUCAAAGUAUAGUGUUCAUUAUUUUAACUACCUUUUGGGGGUUUCCAUUGGUGAGACUUCAGAAGAAGGCUUGGUCUCUGGUGUCAGUUUAGCUUAGCUAUUUUAAUGUUUUAUUUUGACAUUUUAACAGCUUUUACUGUAGUGUAUGAUUUAUGAUGCCAGCUAGAGCUGUGCUUGCUUUGAAAUACUCUGCUCACUAUUAUCCUAUUGAAAUGUCCAUUUUUCAUUUUGCUUGUCCCAGCUCACCUUUUAAACCUUGAAUCCAUGUCCAGAGAAUGUGGCAUGGUUUACCCCAUGUAAUUUUGGAAGCAGGAUGUGCAGGAGCCAAUGAAUACACCCAUGAGUCCACUUUGGUUCCCACACACAAUAUAUUCUUUCCAACAUGGCAAGGUCCAAA